UGGAACUCUGAUUUCGAUAAACGGUAGUCAACCUACAGCCUCCGGUGGCCUCUUUGUCAGCGUGUCGCCUCGUUCACGAGGCCUUACGUUCAGUGCCACUGGCAAGUCGGGCCUUCAGCUGGCCGAAUCGUAUUCUGGUCAUUCGAGCUCUUCAUCGGGCGGCAAUCUGCUUCAGGGGCCUGGAACCGCAGCGGUGACAGGCGCCACCAAUGGGCCGGCCUCGUGGCGUCUGGCGCAGACCGCCUUUGCGGGUGCCCCCACGGCGGCAGGCUGCGUCAUCCAGCCUCGGAUCAUCAGUCCCGGACGCAGCGUCACUCGCUUGGUCGCCGUCGCCUCAGGUCUCUCGGCAGACUCUGCGUACUCUUCGGAGCUGAGUAGUUCCAGUUCCCUCUCCUCCUCGUCCUCGUACUCCUCCUACUCUCCCUUCUCCAUCUCUUCGUCGUCGUCAACCUCCUGUUCCCCCUCGGCCUCAUCUCCAAUUCUCACAGAGUUCACGUCUCCGGGCAAAGCCCCUGCCUGUCUUCAGUCAUUCUCGCUGGCCCCCUCAUCCAUCAACCACCUCGCCUCCACCACUCUUCAAGCGCCCCCCUCUUCUUCUUGCUCCUCUUCUCUCUCUUCGUCGCCGGCCGCUUUGGCUCUCAACUCCCCAACACUCACGGCUCCACGCCGCUCCGUCCAGCUGAUAAAGCUGCGACACACCAACCAAGUGGCGCCGGUGGUCACUACGUCAACUGCCCCGGCGGCGGCAGGCAACGCCUCGGCUGCACUCGGCAACUCACUGAUGGGGCUCCGCAGUCCGGGCUCGUCACACGCUUCCACCAGCGCGUCCCGGCAACGCUUCAUGUCGGCCAGCCAGUUGGCCGGCGGGUCAUGUGCACCGGCCGGCACCGGGAACGCAAUAAGCGCCGUCCCACUGGUCGGGCAGAUGCCCGCCCUAGUCUACACUCUGCAUCGGGCCCCGGCCAUCUCCGGCGGUCCGCCCGCCCUCCCGGCCUCCUCCGUCGCCGGGACCGAUCACACAGCCAUUCUCGUCUCUCAAGUGGUGCCCACUGCCUCCACCGGUGCCCCACAUAUGGCCGGUGUGAAUCCCACAUUCAGGCGUCACACCAUCGACCUGGAGUCCAUCGUUCUGCGCGGAUCGCCCGCCGCCAAUUCUGGCGGGCCUCUGCUCGUCCGCAUUAACAACGCCGGUGAGCAUAGCAACCUCAUCUUAUCUCUUCCGCCAGGCGCCACGUUGAUCCAGACUCAGCCUGGCGCCACGGCAACUUGCGUUGGCCAGCGUCUCGGUGAGUCCGGAUUCACUUCUCUGCUGCCCGGCUCCGUGCUGAUGGCCACUACAUCGGCCUCGGCCGGCUCGCUGGGCAUUGUCCAGUCCGCCUCGGUCUGCCGAAGCCCAUUGGAGGCGACGGUAACCGAG